AUGUCUGUGGAUGCAUUUGCAGCUCUCAGAAGAACCCAAGGAGAGGAACUUGGGAGACUUGCAGAGGAGCAUUUCAAGCAUGAUCUACGAGAAGAAGACCGUGACUUACUGCGGUCGGCCGCAUCCAAGGCUUCCAGACACGCCCUCAUCGGCUCCCUCGCAGGUAUUGCGCUAGGGGGUUUCCUCGCCUUCCGCCUACGAGCAAAUCGCAACGCCAUGUUUCAAGCCUUCCGCGCCGCCGAGAAGCCCACACACGUCCGAUUCGCAAGCGGUCGCGAAGAGGCUAUUCCGGAUAUCACUCCUCUGUUGCAGCCCACACCUCUGGGAGAUAUCGUGACAUACACGUUCUUCGGUAUCGCGGGCCUAUUUCUGGGUGGGGAGGCUGGCUUGCUUACCGGGACGUGGUCCGCGAGGAGAGCCAUUGCGCAAGACCCAGCUUGCCAAGAGAGGAUUCAGCGGGCAGUUCGGUCCUUUAGAGCGGACGUGCUGAGGAAACAGCUCAAAGAGCUGGAGGCUAAGAAGGAGGACGGCUCAGAGGAGAGCAUUUGGUCAUAA